AUGGAUAUCUUCAAUACUGCCGCCGUUGCAUGUGAGAUUAUUUAUAAGACCCUCGACGCUUCCGCUGCGUUCCCCAUAGAGUCUCGCUCUCUCGCAGCCCGGUUUCAAUACGAUGCCCGGAUCUUGCACCACUUUUGCGAGCACUUUGAGAAGCAGCUGUUGAAAGAUAAGCAGCUCGACGCCAAAGACAAAGCACUCCUCGAGGAAAGUACCUCGUACCUCACCACACUCCUGAACCGUGUGGAGACAUGUAAGAACAAGCUGAUGGCGCAAGGGAAGUGGCCCAAAGAAUUGAACCGGCUCACAUGGAUCCUACGGCGCAGUGAGGUCAAAGAGCUCGAAUCUGAACUCUUCGAAUGGACGAGGCGAUUCGACCUGCGGCUGGUGGCUCUCCCCAAGGACAUCCGCACCGUCAUGGAUCUCGAUGUCGAAAGAGACGACAGCAACAUCAGGAGCUUCACUCCAAGACUGGCCGCGAGGAUGAGGUUGGAGCGUUUCACUGCUGAUGCUGCUGCUGCUCGAAUGUCUGUGUGGAAAGACCUCGAGGUGAAGGAGACGGAGCUAACUGGAUUCGGAAGAUCCGACGACACUCAGCGUUUUGCCCUUGGAACAUUCAGAGGCAGCACUGUUCUCGUCGAGCUUCGCAACAUACAGCAGCAGAACUUCUGCAGCGAGGCAGCAUGGACGAGCUCUCAGGCCAGCGCCGGCGAGUUUGCGGCCGCUCUCAACUGUCUUGACUCUACCGUCUCAGGCCUGCUUAAAUGCACCGGCUUCUUCUACUCCCCUAUUCCGGCGCCCUCGUUCGUCCAUAUGUACCUUCUGCCACGAGAGAAGCAAAUAAGUGGCGCCAUCAGCUCUUUUAAAGACCUUUUAAAGCUGAGAGACGCUGGGGGGAGGCGCCAAAAGCUUUUGUACACUCUGAACGAGCGGCUCGAGUUCGCUAAAAGGCUGGCAACGGCGGUGAUGUUUGUUCAUGGGAUUGGCUGGGUCCAUAAAGCGAUCACGUCGCAAAAUGUUCUACUUGUGGGACGGCGUCGGAGUGCCAGCGCUGGUGGCCAAGAAGAUACUACUUGCGAUCGGUCCCGUUCAUCGUCAGCCACUACCAAGUGGUCUCUGAGCUCUCCAUACCUGGUUGGCUUUGAAGUCGCUAGGAACAACGACAGCGAGACAAUUCCUAGCGGGCCGCGCCGUCUCCCGCUGGCACGAUCCCUUUACCUGCAUCCUGCGCUGCAGGGCGAUGACCACGUUCGUUUCAACAUGGCAUACGAUGUCUACAGUCUAGGUGUCAUCUUACUUGAACUCGGUAUAUGGGGGCCCCUCGAGGAAAGACCGGAAUUGAAAGGCAUUCCAGGCCCGGAAGCGGUUGCAGAGGCAUUAUAUGCCCUAGCAAAUGAAACAGAAAUAUUCAUGGGUAAACGUUACCGGGAGGUUGUUCAAACCUGCCUUUCGCAGGAUGCUGAAAAUGAAACAGGCAGCAUGAAAGCCAUCAGCGAGAUCCUGGAGAGGCUUGAAGACCUGGCACAGGGAGUGUGA